AUGAGCACUCUAACAGAGUGGACGCAGUCCCACUUCCAAGUAAUCUACGCAGCUGCAUCCGAAGAUGCCUUUAACGCUGCGAUUGACGCGUUCUUUUCGCCGAAUGUAGAGAUGUAUAACAAUGAAAAGAAGAUGACAAGGGAGGACGCGAGGGAAGAGAUUGCGCAGCGGUGGAGGGGCGCUCAACGCGUGGACGUGAAAUGGGAGAAUUCGAUUGAGGUUCCCAAGGAGGGGGAAGGGCUGACGGGGAAGGAGGCUGGCCUCGUCAGUGGGUUUUUUGUUGUUACACGUUCGCUCAGAUUCCGCGUGCGUGCAGCACCCAUGCAGCAGCUCAACUACGUUACUUUCAAUGGCCGGUUCGUCGACCCUGCCGUUGAGCCCGACGAGCAAGGCGACCGCCGACGCAUUACAUACCUGUACCAGACGUCAAUCGACAAGGCUGCGCCUCUUCAUUUGCAUCCUAUCCCCAAUGCACCUAUCAAAGAGGAUGAAACAAAGGCAUAA